AUGGCUUUGGUCCAAGGCUACCCUCAGCAAAACUCCUCCAUUGCCAUGCUCCAGGCUCGCCCAGCCUCUGCCGGUGGCAUCAUGACGGGUCAGCCGCAAUACGGCCAAUCCUACGUGGACCAGUCCCACCGAUCUCGCGGUUCCUUCAGCGGCACUCCCACAGGCUACCGUGGCAGCUCGACUGUUGCCCAACCCAGAGUCUACGCCUCGCCACCAGUCAUCAACCACAACAUCCAGUGGCAGCAGUACGCAGCAGCGAACCGAUCGAGCCCGUCGUCUGCACCACCCAUGACACAGACCUUUGAUCCCUCUCAAUAUCGCCUCCAGCACCCUUCCAGCGGUGCUGCUGGAUAUAGCCAGCCCUACGGAGCCCCGGUGGUCGCUGCCCGCGACGACUCUCAUAUUGUUCGAAACAUGGGAUCGAUGCAGCGACCACAGUCCAACUACUAUGUUCCUGGCCAGGGAUCUGCCAACGUCACCGACAAGUACCGCCGAGCCAAUGCCCAAGCCGUCCAGCACAACCGAACGCAGAGUGCCAACAUGGCUGCUAACCAGCAUGCCGCCGUAUAUCAGCUUACCCAGGGCUCUCUCUCCGUCCCUAACCUGCCUGGUGGCAAGUACUCGUCUCGACCUUCAUCUCCUAGCCAACUGAGCUUCGCCAACCGUGCAGGAACAGAGGACGCCUUUCAGGCUCGUCGCCGAAGCGCCGCUUCCAUCGACGCCCGACCCGGCUCUGCCCACUCCCGCAACGGCAGCGGAGAGAGCGCUUCAUCUGGCCGCAGCUCUAUUUCUCGCCCAUCUUCCGCUCACAGACACAACGCAUCUGUCUCCACCAGCAGCCCCUCCUCUGACGCUUCUCUUGCCGGCAAGCCUGAGCAGGCCCAGCCUGUUCCCGCCCGCGGCUCUUCUGCUGAUGCUAUUAAGAGAACGAUUAGCCCAUCUCCUCUGUCGCGACAAGCGAACCUGGGACCCGACUAUGCCGAUGAGGCCACCGCUUCUCUGGGAACUAGCCCCAACUUGAACUCGCCUGCCGCAAAGCACCUUGCUGCCCUUAACCAGAAGGGUGCCAAGAGCAAGAGCAAGACGUCUCGCCUUCGACGAGCCUUUUCUUUUGGAAGCGCUGCCGACUUCCGCAAGGCCGACGAAGAGGACGCUAAGAUGGAGGCGCCAUCCAAGCUUCAGAAGCAGCCUACUGCGGAGCAGGCUUACGAUGCGGAGCAGGCUCGCAUUGUGCAGGCCCAGGAGGCCGGUGGCAUCGGCAACAGCAUCUAUGGUAGCCGCUUCUUUGGCUCCACGGAUAACUUGUCCAUUUCCUCCACGGCUUCCUCUGCCUCGAUUAUGCUGCGCAAGAUGGGUCGCGGUGUGAAGAAGGGAACGAGAUCGCUUGCUGGACUCUUCCGACCCAAGUCUGCCGGUGGUGUUCCUGUCACUGCUGCUCCUCUUGAGCCUGAGACUAGCCAGGCCAUGGCUACCAUGACGACUGUGGAAGCCGAGACGCAGCUUGUUGGUGUGACUCCGGAUCCCGCUACCGGUACCGGAUUCCCCCAUUUGGAGCGCAACUCACUUGAUGCCUCUCGCCCUCUUGAGCUUCCCGAGAUUCCCACCGAGCGCCUCGGCAGCUCCGGCACAGAUCGCCGAAGCAUCGUCGGUGGUGACUUUGAGCGGGCUGAGGUGCUUGCUGCCGUGCGUAAGGGCAUUCUCAAGCGACCUGGCUCUGCUAGCCCUUCUAUCCGCCCUGUUGAUAUUUCUCCCGAGUUGAUGCUCCCACCUAUCCCUAUCAUUUCGGACUCGCCCAUCUCCAGCGCUCCUAGCACACCCAAUGACGAUGCCCAGGGUCACCGACGCACAGGAUCUAUUGCUCUAGCCAGCGACGACUUCUUUGUCAACGCCCUCCGCUCUCGCAGUGACAGCAAGAGUGCCCCGGGCACACCUCAGGGAGGCAAGCGUUCUGCAACCUUUUCUCCUCGCAUCAUCUUCCACGACACUUGGCCACCUCAGGAGUACGACAGACGCGGUGACGUUGCCACUUGCAACCGCCUCACACCUCUUCUUGCUCAACAGAUUAAGGAGGAGCUAAACACUUUCAAGAUGGAAAUGGAAGUCCAUGAAAACUCCAAGAUUUACACGCACUUCUUUUAA